UGUGUGUGUGUAGAAGCCAACACCUAACUGGCCAUCUUGCGUGAGACCACAGGAUUAGAGGAGCUGACCCAUAGGGGCCUGGAGCCAGAGAUCUGUUCCGGGGACCCACGGGAUCAUGAGGGUCAGUGUCCCUUCCCCAGGACCAAGCAGUGGUACACCUGCCCUCCCUGUCUACACCAGUCUCUAUGGAUAGGCAGCCCCUGCAUGUGAAAACAGCUUACAGCCUCCCUGGUGGCCUCCUCCUACCCAGGACAAUAAGCUGGGGAAGAAUUCUGGAGUAGGGAAGUGAGCAGAGGUCAGCAUUCAGGAGUCUUCCAGGAGGGAGGAGACGGCACGUGAUGGAGGCAGUUUGCCCUCACUGUCCUGUUUUGGAAGGGAUGAAGGUUGGUGAGGAAGACAAAGGGGACAGGGAUCAGACAGAAGGGGAAAGGAGGGAGGGUCCUGGACAGGGAGGAGGCAGAACCACGCUCUCGGUGGCAAGAGGCAGGUGGGAUGCAGAGGUGAGGCGGCUGUCUUCUCCACCUGGGCCAGUUGCCUUUCCAAGCUUUGCCAGGGAUCUGUCUUCCCCACAUCUUGGCCCUGGUCAGCUUCAGGACACACAGGACCCCAGACCAACCCCAGUUCUGGGAUGGCAGGCCUGUUCAGUUGCUGUGUGGCCAGCAAAUAUCAGGAAAUAAUUGUGGAUGCUGGGCUUUGUGUGGGUCUCCUGCCACCGUCUACCAAUCACAUCAAGGAUGGGAGGAGCCACCCUGCAGCUGCCCAGCCUCUAGCUCCACAGCAGCCUCCAAGCCCUGGGUGGGGUCAUGGUCCGUGCACUCCUUAGGACCAAUGUGGAAGAUAAAAGUCCAUUUGUGUACAUUCAGCGAGCCUGGGAAGGUCCCUGUCUACUGAGGGGCCUGCGAGGGCCUGGCUGUCUUGGCCCUGCCUUGCAGAUAUGACAGUGUAGAAAGCAGGUGAAGAGGCUCUGAACCUCCUUCUGGAAGCUCAGGCAGUAAUGGCCAGUUGCCUGUGUGUAGCCACGCCCCUCGUCCCUUUAGGAUAAUGGUGCUCUGCUUAGAGUUAACACUUCUGGCUUUGUUGAUACAAAGGUUGAGGUGGAGGUAAUCUGCUCCCAGGGUGCUGGUGGGGAAGAUCAAUAAGGCAUGUGCUUCUGGAACCCCGGAAACAGGUCGUGCCCCUCCCCUGUUUGUGUAUGCAUCAAAAAAGGUCUGUUACCGGGCCAGAUGCCACAGUCUGUAAUGAUGGGACAAUUCCUGUGUCUUGCACUGCUUAAACACUUAACAUAUAUAAACUCUGUGUGAACUUCAUAUACUGAGCUUCCAAAAAAAGGCUUUCAGGAGGGCAGUGAGAGGACUUCUGAACAGCAAAGUGGGGAAACAGGAUGAGAGGGCACGGACAGGACUGGGCAAGACUAAUCUCAGUUUCUUGGCAUCGAGCAGAGCGUGAACUAGGCUGACUAGAGCAAUCAGGGUCCUGUUCCCAUAGGACCCUGCUCCCAUAAGAAUCCACUUCUGUAGAGUCUGAUCCUAUAGGGAUCCCACUCCCAUAGGACCUUGCUUCAAUAGCACUUUACUCCUAUAGGCUCCUAAAGGUUCUGUGCCCAGGCCCUGUUGUUCCUUCUGGGUAUCAGGUCCUUUUGAAAUACCCAGCAGUCCUCACCUGGCCCUGGUGCUCCUGAGCCCUCUCCUUCUGCAACCAGCUUUGCACUCUCCUGACCCUGGACAGUCAGUAUUGACUCCCAUACUGGUUCUAACACAUAGGGAGCCAUGGAGCUGCCUGGGGGCAGAUAACAAGCUGUGGAGUUUAGGGACAGUCAGGAUCCCUGCCUGGGACAGGUUGUUCUUUGAUAUGAAGGGCCAAUAGAGCAGAUGCGACAGGGGGGGUCUGACUCCCUCAUGUAGACACUUAGAGCAGGUGCUCAGAGGUACAAGAUGGCCCCAGCUGGGCCCAGCAGGCUUUCCCUUUUUUGGCUAGAACCCAAGAGACCCUGUCCUGCCUCCCUCCACACCUUCCUGUCUUGCCACAUUCCCUAGGGAGGGGCACUGGCCAGUAGGCUGUGAAGAAGCAGGUUUCUGAUCUGGCAUUGCCAACAGCAAAGGCAGGCUCUGUUCCUCUGGGACCUGGUAGCUGCUGGCAUGGGCCUUCGGUGGGCUCUUUGGCUGACUUUGACCUUGCCUAAAAUCCUGGAGGGGGAGACCCCAACCCCAACCAUGCAACCAGGCUUUCCUCAGUUGACAAGCUUCCAAAGUGACCAGUUCCAGGGGGAGUGGUUCGUCCUUGGCUUGGCAGGCAACAUCUAUAAGAAGAUGGACAGGGUCUUGCUGAAUCCUUUCAUCUCAUUGUUUGAGCUAAAAAACAACAGCCACAUUCAGGUGACCAACUCCAUGACUCGGGGUAAGCACUGCGACGCUUGGUCUUACAUGCUGAUCCCAGCGACCAAGCCUGGGCAGUUUACCGUGGACAUCAAAGGGUCACGGCCUGGGGCAGACAGUGAGGAGGUGCAGGUGAUAGAGACAGACUAUACCAAGUUCGCCCUGAUGCUGUCCAGCAGACAAACCAGCAGCCAGACCAUCAUCAGGGUCAGUCUUCUGGGCCGAAAAUGGAGACUGCCUUACAAGACAAUCAAUAAGUUCGUCUGCCUGACCAGAGCGCAAAACCUCACGAAGAACAACUUCGUGUUCCCUGAUGUAACCGAUUGGUUAACUGAUCCCAGCGUCUGCUGAAAGGAUGAAGUGGCUCCUGCCAGCCCAGCCCCACACCACCUCUGCUCUCAACACAAAUAAACAUACUGUCUGGGACCCUUGAGUAUGACACUGUGGCCUUGGUGUGGGUAAGAGGCUCUUCCUCUGAGCACCCCCAACCUGGCCUCUCAACCCCAGACUCUAUUGCUCCCCUGACCCCCAGGCUAUGUGAGGUAAUGGGUCAUAGCUGUACCUGACAGAGCUCUGGAGCUGCCGUGGUGGGGUAUUGCUGGGCUAAGGCCCCUGGUGCACCAGGUCCCAUACAGCAGGCAGGAACAGCCAGGGCCUAGAGCGGAAGGAUGUGGACACCUUAGGCUGGGAAAGGAGACAAGGGCACUUCCUCCUCCUAUGAGAUGUGGGACAAGGAGCUCAAGACCACACCUUCAUUCUAGAGAAACUAUUCAGAAAUGGAGAGGUACAGAAAGUCCAAAGCCAUGGGCCUAGAACCUGAGCACCAUUCCCAAACAUACGUACCUGUGAGGAGUUCUCGGCACACCAGUGGUCAUCCUACCCAGCCUACAAGAGCAGCCCUCCCAAGUCUUCAUCUUUGUAAGCUCCACUAUGCGCUGUGGAGGCAAAGCAAGUCAUGACCCAUCAGGAUGCCUGGAGAUAGCCCCAUAGCCUCUGGCCUUGCCAGAGAGCAAAUAGCAUGCAUAGAUAGCCCACUAGAUUUAGGCUUUACCCUCCUAGAGUACUUUAUGGCCCAUGAGUGGGGGAUGUUUAGAAUUCCCUUCCCCUAGGCAGUGGUGUAUGGCCUCAGGUACAUUUCCUGUUGGGCAGGUUGUACAGAAACCAAGCACAUUCUGACCCAAAGCCUUCCCUGAUGACCCCAUUAAGACCAGCUCCUGUGCUAGUCUCAGGCAACACUGUGUGGAGACUUGUAGCUCAGUUCAGCAUCCUGUUGUAUAUCUGACCUCCAGUAGAAACUCCACAAGGGAAACAAGAUCACUUUUAUCCUUAACUGUACCCCAGGUUACAAGAUGGCCCCUGUCACAGAGAAGGUGGCAAAACCUGUCUUGCUGGACAGUUGGAUUGAUAGGUGGGCUGACUGGAAGCUGUGUGGGUAGAUGGGCGGGGUAGAUGAUGGAGGGUGGGCGAAUGGAUAGGUGUGUGAAUGGAUGAACUGGCAUCUCGGACCGGAUAAAAAGGAGAAUGUGAGCUGAAGUCAGCAAUCAUCGCUCUCUGCUUCCUGGCUGUGGCUGCCAUGUGACCAGCUGCCUCCGGCUUCAGCCACGGCUUCUUCCUCCAAGAUGGACUGCGAGCCGAAACAAGCUCUUCCUGUCUUAAGUUGCUUCUUGUCAAGUAUUUUGUCACAGCAAUGAAAAAAGUGAUAAUACAGGCCCCAAACACCA